UUGCCGUGUUCUUCCAAGGCAUUAAAGCAUUAGAACCCGUGUUGAUAAUUUCUAAAUCAUGAUGAUGAAGUGCCUAUUCUUUCUGUUAGUGGUGGCUGCAACCCAGGCCUACGUGGCGAAGGUGGCAGAAGUCGUUCCUACUCCAGUAGCGAAUCGCCUGGAUGUAUUUUACUCCAGCUCUUUCCAGUUGGCCUUAGAGCUGGGAUGGAUCCCCGUGCAGAACUCGGCUAACCCAAUUCUUGGAUACAAGGUUUCAGCGUUUGACCAGGGAUCGACUGUGUCUAACGAUCAAAGCAAUGUAUUCAAGGAGGUCAUAGUCGGCGCGGACGCAACCAGCGCCCAAGUGGAGGGCAUCCAAGUCGGCGUCUGGUACCUCGUGAGGGUCCAGGCCUUCACCAGCACUGCCAUCAGUGAAAUGUCGCCUCGCUGGUGGAUCAUGCUCCAUCCUCAAACGAGGGAUGGAAAGAUGAUGUAUUCGGUGAUGAAAUAAAUUAAGUGUGUUUUGUCUAAAGCUUCAACCACACCAACGCGUGCAGAUCGCCACCGCCGGCGCGAUCAAAGGCCAAUGACAGGUCGCGCCACCCAUGACAGUUCACGCGACCUGUCAUUUCCCUAUGAUCGCGCCGUGAUCGCUGCACGCAUUGGUAUAGUUGAAGCAUAAGGAGUGUUUUUAUACUUUAUGAAACUUUUUUGCAAAUAAAUUCUAUGAACCAGCA